GCGGAGGCCGAGAAAACUACUCGCCGGAAGGCGCGAAAACCCCAACCCCCAAUUCCCAUUCCCCGCCACCGAGCCGCUCCCUCCCCUUGUGCUCAGUGGUGCGCCGGCGAGGCUGCGGCGGCAGCGAUGGAGGCGGACAUGGAUAUGCCAGAUCCGGAGGAGCUCGAGUGGAUGGAGAGCCACGGCCUCCUCCCGGAGGAGGAAGAGGAGUACGCCUACCUCGACGAGCCCGACGAGGAGGGGUUCCUCGCUGCCGGCGGCGGCGCGGACCAGUCUCGGGUUUCCCGGCAGGAGACCACCCCUGCCCCCACGAAACCUGCAGAUGAAGUGUCAGAAGGCAAUUUGAAGCGGCCUCCCUCACCGCCUCCGCCGGAGCAGGAGGAGGAAAGGAGCAAGCGGAGGAAUGUGGACCGGGAGGAUCCCGGUGACGAGGACUGGCUACGUUACUCGCCACCUCCUGUUGUUGACAUCGUCGCCGAGAAGACAAUCUCGCGGUUCGCGUCGGAGAUCCGUGGGGAAUGUAUACCUGUCACCGGGCCCAAUGGAGAGAGGGUUUAUGCGAAGGUUGCAACAGGCGGGUUGGAUGGCGGAGGGAUUGGCGGAACUAGACAAAGGACUCACAUUUCCAAACCAAAUUUCGACUAUAAGGGGCUUCUGAAAGAAUCUUUUCAUUCACUUACAAGUCGUGCUGAGCAAGAGGCUCUAGCAAAGGCAUUGCAGGAAAGCACAGAGACACAAAAUUUUGAUAGUUGCCCGGUGACUCCGCUAGUUACAGAGCAACUCUGGGUGGAAAAAUACUCACCAAAUUCUUUCACAGAGCUGUUAAGUGACGAACACACAAACAGGGAGGUGCUUCUGUGGCUAAAACAGUGGGACUCCUGUGUGUUUGGAUCCCAUAUUCGUGCUACAAGUAAUGAUGUUUUAUCUGCCCUCCGUCGUCAUUCUUCUGCUAUUCAAAAGAAUUCAAGUAACAGAAAUUUCUUCUCCAAGAGCAAGGGAAGUCAAGACAAUAUGCUUCAAAAUGCACAUGGUAGCAGCUCAGAGGAUAUGACAAGCUCCUUUAACAAAAGAUCCUUGGCUGAUAAUGCACCAGAACAAAAGGUGUUAUUACUAUGUGGUCCACCUGGCCUUGGCAAGACGACGCUUGCUCAUGUUGCAGCUAAACAUUGCGGCUACCAUGUUGUGGAGAUAAAUGCUAGUGAUGACCGUUCUGCUUCAUCCAUUGAACCGAAAAUUCUUGAUGUCAUUCAGAUGAACUCUAUCAUGUCAGAUUCGAAACCCAAGUGUCUGGUAAUUGAUGAAAUAGAUGGAGCACUUGGUGAUGGCAAAGGCGCAGUGGAGGUUAUUUUAAAGAUGAUCAAUGCUGAAAAGAACAACAGUUCUAACAGCAGCGCUAGUACUGAAGAUACUCAAGGACGGAAGUCCUCAAAGAAAGGCCAUAAAAUACCAAAAUUAAUGAGACCUGUAAUUUGUAUAUGCAAUGACCUUUAUGCUCCAGCCCUGAGGCAACUUCGCCAAGUAGCCAAGGUUCAUAUGUUUGUUCAGCCAACAAUUAGUCGUGUGGUGAACAGGCUCAAGUACAUUUGCAAAACGGAAGGGUUCAAGACAAGUCCAAUUGCCCUUUCUGCAUUAGCAGAGUAUACUGAAUGUGACAUCCGGUCAUGCCUGAACACGCUUCAAUUUUUGAACAAGAAAAGGGAGGCACUAAACAUUUCAGGAUUUGAUUCACAAGUUAUUGGACGGAAGGACAUGUCAAAAAGCAUCCUUGACGUAUGGAAGCAGGUUCUGCAAAAGAAAAAGCUCAAGCGGAUUGAAAAGGCUGAUGGUAAUUUUAGCAGAGGCAAGGACAUUGAUUCUCUCUUCUCACUCAUAUCUAACCGUGGUGACUAUGAUGUUACUAUGGAUGGGAUUCAUGAGAACUUUUUGAAACUUUCUUAUCAUGACCCAAUGUUGCAAAAGACGGUGAAAUGUCUCGAUAUACUUGGAGUUUCUGAUUCUUUGAUGCAGUAUGUUUAUCGGACUCAGCAGAUGUCACUUCAUGUAUAUCAGCCUCCUGUUGCCAUCACUAUAAGCCAACUGGUUGCUCAAGUUGAGAAGCCAAAUAUUGAAUGGCCAAAAGCUUUGCAGAGGUGUCGAACAAUGCUUUUGGAAAAGAAGGAUAAAUUGAAGACCUGGCAAAACCAAAUGUCACCACUAAUUUCUAGGCACCUGUCGGUAGAAUCUUUUGUGGAGGACAUUUCUUCUCCCUUCUUACAUAUUAUUUCUCCAUCGAGUUUGAGACCUGUGGCACUGAAUUUGCUGUCAGAGAGAGAAAAGGACGAACUUGUGCAGCUAGUUGAUACUAUGGUUUCUUACUCAAUUACAUACAGAAACACAAAGUUAGAGCCUCAAGAGAGGAUAAGUGGAUCUAUGGUGUCUCCUGAUGUUCCUUCGCUUUCUCUUGAUCCUCCAAUCACUGAUAUUAUAAACUUCAAGGGAUAUCAAUCCGAGCAUACUGGUCUCUCUUUGGCCAUGAAACAAGUAUUGGUGCAUGAGGUAGAGAAGCAAAAGAUCAUCAAAGAUAGUGCUGGCAAAUCGUUGAACCAAGCCAAUGAAGGAGGUAAUAGGAAUGAUGUUUCCACAAGUGAGAAAACAUCUGCAUUGGUUUCUACCAAGGGUAUCUCGAAGAGCAACCCAACUACAUUUAAAAUGCAAUCAAGCGCAUCAUCUAGUAUGAGUGGUAAAGAUCCCGUACCUGCAAAGAAGCACUCCAACCACGGAAUGAAUUUCUUUGAUAGGUUUAGAAAAGAGAGACCAGCGGAUGCAAAAACUCGUAGCGACGCAGGGCAACAAGCAGCAACAAUACUAAGAGACUCACGCCCACUUAUCUUCAAAUACAAUGAGGGAUUCACAAAUGCUGUAAAAAGACCAGUGAAAAUUCGGGAUCUUCUGCUCUAGCUAGGUCUGUUGGGUCCCCUCCACUUCAUUAUAGUCAUGUUCUGUUCAGCUAUAUGUUCACCCAAUGUACAUUCUGUUGAUUAUAUACUCCUAGGCGAUUGGAUGGACACAGUGAAUUCUAAACUAGAAAGGCAAGUAAAACCGUGAACAUAAAUUCCUCAAGUUAUACAAA